CAUCCAACUGGCAACACUGAUUUUAACGUUUGUUUUAUAAUACAAAUGUAUGUAAAAAAACAUUGAAUUGAACUGUUUUUAACCUCUAAAACAUUAUUGUUAUUCUUAAAACGAUAUGAUAUGAAAUAUAAUUAAAAUACCAUGAGUAAGUCAAAAGUGUCGGCGGAAUGGAAGAAACGAGUGAAAUCGGAGUACAUGCGUCUCCGACAAGUGAAGAGAUUUAAACGGGCCGAUGAAGUGAAGGUAGCAUGGGCACGCAACUUGCGUCUGAUGUCGGAGGCGGUGGAAACUCGCGACAACGACACCGCCGAGCGUGGGCGCAGGCCCUUCUGGCCGCCGCCCGUGGCCACGCCCAGCCAUGAGUGCCUCAUGAAGCGAGCUGAGGUCACCUCCUCCGACGCAUCAGGAGUUGUAACUACACAGCAAGUUCCAAUCAGGGUGAUCAACUCGGUGAACCCCAUACCCACAAUGUACACCUGGGCACCGACACAGAAGAACUUCAUGGUGGAAGAUGAGACAGUGCUGCACAACAUACCGUACAUGGGGGACGAGGUGUUGGACCAGGACGGUACAUUCAUCGAGGAGCUCAUAAAGAACUAUGAUGGGAAAGUGCAUGGUGAUAAGGAGGGUGGUUUCAUUGAUGACCAGCUGUUUGUGGACCUGGUGCACGCUCUGGUCGCUUUCCAGACAAAGGAAGAAGUUACGGAGGAGAGGAAAGAGAGGGAGUUGCGCAAUUCUAAAGAAGAGAAAGAGGAAUCAAAAGACCCCAAAGACAAGGACAAAGAGGAUGCUGUCAAGGACCCGGAGAAAGCGAUAGUGUACGACAAGCAGUUCCCCAUAUUCACCAUCUUCCAGGCCAUCAGCUCUCAGUUCCCAGACAAGGGCACCGCUCAGGAGCUCAGAGAAAAGUACAUCGAGCUGACGUCCCGCAGCGACCCCAACGCGCUGCCGCCCGAGUGCACGCCCAACAUCGACGGGCCGCUCGCCGAGUCGGUGUCGCGCGACCAGACCAUGCACUCCUUCCACACGCUGUUCUGUCGCCGCUGCUUCAAGUACGACUGCUUCCUGCACCGUCUGCAAGCGUGUCACCCGCGGCCCAACCUCACCAAGCGCAAGGGGCCCGACUUGAAGCCCUUCUCCGACCCGUGCGGCCCCACCUGCUACAUGCUGCUGGAUGGCAUCAAAGAGAAGUUGGCUCGCGAGAAGUUGGCGGGGGAGGCGGGCGAGGGGCGCGACGCGGGCGAGGCGCGGGAGGGGAAGGCGGCCAUCGACUCGCCCAACGACGCCUCCUCCGAGGACAGCAACGACAGCAACCGCUACCAGAAAGGCAGCAACAGUAACUCGAGCAACAGCAACUGGAGCACCAACGGCAUCAAGCCUGGCUCAGAGUCCACGGCCGAAGCCACCUACAACACUCUCGGUCUGACGCUGGGCGACUGCGAGUCGGAGUGGACGGGCUCGGACCAGUCGCUGUUCCGCGCGCUGCACAAGGUGUUCGUGUCCAACUACUGCGCCAUCGCGCAGGUCAUGCUGUCCAAGACCUGCCAACAGGUGUACACCUACUGGAUCCGCACGGGGCAGGAGGCGGCGGGCGUGGAGGCCGAGCUGACGCCGCCGCGCAAGAAGAAGAAGAAGCACCGCCUGUGGUCCGUGCACUGCCGCAAGAUACAGCUCAAGAAGGACUCCGCCUCGCACCACGUCUACAACUACACGCCGUGCGACCACCCCAACCAGCCGUGCGACAACAUGUGCCCGUGCCUGCAGUCGCAGAACUUCUGCGAGAAGUUCUGCCAGUGCAGCAGCGACUGUCAAAACCGGUUCCCGGGCUGCCGCUGCAAGGCGCAGUGCAACACGAAGCAGUGCCCGUGCUACCUCGGCGUGCGCGAGUGCGACCCCGACCUGUGCACCGCGUGCGGCGCCGACGCCACGCCGCCCGGCACGGCCGCCGCGCUGCCCACCGCGUCGCGCCACGCCGUCUACUGCCGGAACGUGUCCGUGCAGAGGGGUCUUCACAAGCACCUGUUCCUGGCGCCGUCGGACGUGGCGGGCUGGGGCAUCUUCCUGAAGGAGGCGGCGCACAAGAACGAGUUCAUCUCGGAGUACUGCGGCGAGAUCAUCUCGCAGGACGAGGCCGACCGGCGCGGGAAGGUCUACGACAAGUACAUGUGCUCCUUCCUCUUCAACCUGAACAAUGACUUCGUGGUGGACGCGACGCGCAAGGGCAACAAGAUCCGCUUCGCGAACCACUCCAUCAACCCCAACUGCUACGCCAAGGUGAUGAUGGUGAACGGCGACCACCGCAUCGGCAUCUUCGCCAAGCGCGCCAUCCAGCCCGGCGAGGAGCUGUUCUUCGACUACAGAUACGGGCCGACGGAGCAGCUGAAGUUUGUGGGCAUCGAGCGCGAGAUGGAGUUCUUAUGAGAGCGCGAGCGCGCGCGCCCGAGCGACGUCACGUGACUCUGGAUUACUGUUUCAUGCGUAACUUGUGCAGUCUGGCCAGAUUAAUAAAAAACAUUGGUACAUUGCCAAAAGGAACUAAUUUCUUAUUUUUUUUUAACUGGCUUUUUUACGGCUCUGAGCUUCUAGCCCUUCUGAAGUUUUGUAAUUUUUUUUGCUUUAACUUUUGAGUUCUAGCCCUUUGACUGUUAAAAAUACUUGUGGCGCCCCCAAUCCAGAUUUAUUAUAUUUCUAGUCGGUACUGUUGGUUCGCUUAAAAAAUUAAAAGUAUUACUCAACCUGACGUAAUGUCAGAUGUGGACUGCAAGUAGGUUCUUUUAGUUUAAGCCCUAGUGUAUGUAAAGAUAAAUAACACUUCGAAUUCAUCAGACCAACAUCAAGCCAAACAAAUCGAACCGUUUAUCUAUUACAAUGUUAAAGUUUAUGCAAUUUUUGAUGAAACACUAGCUUAUUCUGAGCCCUCAUAACGUCCUUCAGUUUUCAGUUUCAGCACCAUCACUUCAUUUUGUAAUAAUGUAAAAAACAAUAAUUGAUAUAUUGAUGAUUCAAACUGAACACAUUGUUCUAAAUAAAUGAAAUUUGAGUUUGGGAUUAUUAAUUUGACUAUCAACUUGAAGUUUGAAAAAAAUAUUGGAAAAAAAAAUUAAGGACGCAGGUAGUUCUAAAAUAAUGUAAUAAACUCAAUCAACUGUCGCUCCAAAUGCAAAUGGUUUUCAAGUCUUUUAAGCCUUUUCUGAAUGUUCUUCUUAAGAGAAAAUGUACUUCUAUUUUCAAUCAACAAGUUAGACUAGGUCUGGGGUUUCCGACAGAUCUCUUUCACUUGACUUUAGUAUGGUACAGAUAUUGACAUUAUCUGUUUUUUUGUAAUUUAAUGUUCAGAAAUUUAAUUAAGAUCUUUCAAUAAUGUGUAUAUUGUUGUUAUCAACCCAUUCUGCUCACUGCUGAACUGGAGUCUUCUCUCAGAAUGAUAGGGGUUAGGCCAAUAGUCCACCACGCUGGCCCAUAGUGGAUUGGCAGACUUCACACACGCAAAGAACUAAGAAAAUUCUCUGGUAUGCUGGUUUCCUCAGGAUGUUUUUUCGUUUGAGACACGUGAUAUUUAAUUUCUUAAAAUGCACACAAAUGUAAAGUUGAAGGUGCAUGCCCCGGACUGGAUUCAAACCCACACCCUCCGGAAUUGGAGGCAGAGAUCAUAUCCACUGGUCUAUCACGGCUCACUUGUGAAUAAGCAAUUCUAAUUAUGUGAUGAUAACAUAAGAUGUGACCCAAGCCUUUUGAGCGGUAAUGUUGUUGACAUGGUAUAAGUAAUAUUUAUGUAAGUGAUGUGAUUUUUUUAAAAUAAACUUUUAAAGUUAAA